GAGGCGGGUGGUAUAUAUGAAUAGAACGAAUGACAUGGUUUCGAUCAGCUUCGGAUGUCGUUCACCAGUUCCCGGAGAGUCGGAGCGGAGUUCCGACCCUGUGACCCACCGGUACGCAUGUGGGGUGGGGGUAAUGGUGAUGGGGUGGAGUCCACACGUGCUCAGUCAGUCUGCCGGUGGAGCAACAGACAGAGCGCGAGCGCAGCGCGACUUUUCUCUCAAGGGCAACUUGCAAUCAGAAAUCAAUAGUUAACAACUUUCCAGGUGCGCUUGGACAAAACUACACGACCCGUAUACAACCACCUCGAUAUCUGACACUGUGCUAGUGUGUUAAAGUUUGUUUGGAAACACUACACGUUUCACGCGCUGCCCCGGAGUCCGUGGACAGACGGAAGAUGCACUCUAGUCAGAAGGACACCACCUACACGAAGAUCUUCGUCGGUGGGCUGCCGUACCACACCACGGACUCCAGCCUCAGAAAGUACUUCGAGGUGUUCGGAGAGAUCGAUGAGGCUGUGGUGAUCACCGACCGGCAGACGGGAAAGUCCCGGGGCUAUGGAUUUGUGACCAUGGGUGACCGUUCAUCAGCAGACCGGGCCUGUAAGGACCCCAACCCCAUCAUCGACGGACGCAAGGCCAACGUCAACCUGGCUUACCUGGGGGCCAAGCCUCGGGUCAUGCAGUCAGGGUUCUCAUUUGGCGUACCACAGAUCCACCCAGCAUUCAUCCAGAGGCCUUAUGGGAUCCCGGCACACUACGUGUACCCUCAGGCAUUCGUCCAGCCCAGCGUGGUGAUCCCUCACGUGCAGCCGCCCGCUGCCAGCCCUGCGGCCGCCGCAUCUCCCUACCUGGACUACACGGGCGCCGCCUAUGCCCAGUACUCCGCCGCCGCCGCAAACGCUGCCGCCGCCUACGAGCAGUACCCCUUCGCCGCCUCGCCCGCCGCGGCCAGCUACAUGACGUCCGGGGGGUACGGCUACGCCGUCCAGCAGCCCCUGGCCUCACCCGCGCCAUCUGCUGCCGCAGCAACCGCCGCUGCCUUCAGCCAGUACCAGCCGCAGCAACUGCAGUCGGACCGCAUGCAGUGAACACACACACACACACACACACACACACACAGAACCACUCACCUCUUACACACACACACACACACACACACACACAGAACCACACACCUCUU